AUGUCUCAACCCGGUAUCAGAGUCGAUACCUCUUCGAUACGCAGAACGAACCCAGCCACAGUCUCAGCAGUCUGGUACAUUGCCGCGGAUGCCUUCACCACGACCGCUGCCGAGCGCCCCAAACACGUCACUGUCCUCCAUGUCGAGGAGGACAAUUGUCCGUGCGAUCUCUCUGGUCAAUCUCUUCGAUACGAGGCAGACCUUAGCUACCACGGGUCAGCAGUCCUCGCAUACCACUGGUUUCCAACGCCCCUUCGACACAAGCCCAAGAUUGCGAGAUAUGCAGUCUUCCUCUGCCACAUCCAUACUGCGAUAUCGCAAGACAAACGACACCUUAACACGUCAUUCAGCGCUCGUGUAGCUCAGCUAUCCCCGCAGGGCUCGUCUAUCGCCGACACUAUGCUGCCGCAGCCUACUUUCCUAGACGACGAUUCUAUUGCAACUGCGGACGACGGCACCGAUCACCACCACGAUGACAGUGGAUAUAUGUCUACCUUGACAACACCGGCGAAGCCCAACGACCGGAGGAUUAGCAGCGUUGCACCUUCAAUGAUACAAACAGCCCCCAUACCUGCGCCACCUUUCUUCGAGGUGCUGUUCGCUGUUCCCUCUGCACAUUUGGACACUCAUAAGCCCCCUCAGUUACGAACUGUAGAAUCAUUAUGCAAUCAACGCUACUGUCUGAGACACAAGCAGACGUGUCUGGAGCACGACCCAACGCCAUCACCACCCAUGUGCCCGAUUACGAUUCCGCAACUUAGGACUCAGAAUCGGCGGCUGAGGCGUAAACCACGUGUGCGCGAGUCUCAGAGCUUUGAGAGAGAUGUCUGGAUGCAGGUUGCGACAGUCUUUCGUCACCACCAGCCCACUAUGCCUGUGAUGAGCGAACACGACUACGCUGCACCCCUGAGCCAGGAGCGCAGGGCGUCGCUAUUUUUGGGCAUUUUUGGCUCGGUUCGUCCGAGUAGCUUUAGAUGGGACUCCACACCAUCGCUUACUGCGCCUUUGCGCGAGGGAUUUCCUGGGCUCUUGCCAGAUCGUCUGCCGGCGAUUGAUCCUCCUCCUGUGCCUGCUAUACUGGAAGCUUUCCAGUCAGACUAUCACACAGGGGUGACCGACCAACGGCCUGCGCGAAGCGACAGCGUACAGGAGCAUGAUCCACACGAUAACCACGGGCGCCGACCGCAAACCGCUCGCCGGGACGCAGAGUCAGGACAGGUACCAGCAACUUCACGGCCGCCUCCCGUCCGCUCACAAAGUCCAGCUUGGUUCGCUAAUUCACACGAACACCCACGGGCUGCACCCAACUCUUCUGCUCGGAUGCCACCGCCGACUUAUCACCAGCAUCUACAUGCCACCCACCUGCGCGAUGACCAAGGUCAUUUAUUCUAUGUUCCAAACACAUCCCACCUUCCGUCGCUAGAACAAACCCUCCGCCGAUGCGCGAAUCGGUCUUCGCUCCGGAGUCAAGUGUCUCAGGAUGAUGGCAAUCAGACCCAGGAUCGCUCGACCACAACUGCCCGUCGCAACGCCACUAGUGGGAAUGCAGCGGCGCAGUCUUCGCUGCGGAAUAUAGUGUCUCGAGAACAUAACGGCCAAGUUAGAGACGGUUCGACAAGUCAUGGGAUCACCAGCGCCACCAUCACCUCUAAUCGCAACGCAGUCACGGGCACUGGUGGCUACAGCCGCUUCACCAGUUACUCGCCUAGCGCCGAGGCAUACGUACUUCCUCCGAUCUCACGCUCUUCAUCUGCAGCGAGGCUCGCAUUAUCACGAUCGUAUCAAGCUCGCCUAUCACCACGCUCAACGAGGAGUCGUACCCACGAGACUCACCGUCCCACUAUCACCGAGCAACAGGCCUCUGCAAGUAGUCCAACGAGCAAUUCUCUCAGUCCUUUAGAACUCCAGGAACUGCAAGACCAGCACACCCCUCUUCCUACCCCAAUCGCUCCAUAUGCCCAACACCCAUCCCCAGACCGGAACACAAGCACAGCCAGCAUCGUAACCUUCGACAACCCCAACUCCUCGUCACCUCCCCUUACCCUCAUCCAAGCCAACCUGGUCGCCUUGGCCGAUCUCGUGAGCUUGAAGCAGUACACAGGCAAGUGCAAAAUAGCGCGGUCGUGGAAAGCCAAACUUAGCGAGUACGGCAAGCGGAUCAGGAACUACACUCAGGUCUUGUGCGACGCCGAAUCUCAUGAGCGCAAGAUGCUGCGGUGCAAGAUCGAUGUGCUCUGGACUGGACCUCUGAAAGACUGCAAAUGCAUCAUCUGUAUCAAGCGGUUGGGUCCUCCGCGGGACUGGAAGACGGAUGCGAUACGGGCGUUUCACGAGGUGCCGCGUGGGAGAUGGCUGGAUACUUCGCCUUUGGGGUAUCAUAAGCUGAAUUGGGGCGUGCCGGCUAAUCAAACGGGUAUGUAUGAGCCGGAGGUGUCGGGUAGAGGCCUGGGAGCAAUACGCUUGGGAGAAGAUGGUUUAUAA